UUAUAGUUCCACUCCGUAUAAUUCUUUCCUUUGUCAGCGAACGCAGACUCGCACACACAUCCUUUUCUUCUUCUCCGUGGCAAGCAUCGGAAGAGCCUAGCUUUCCACCCUCUCGAUCACCAACGCGUCCUGAUUGUUUAAGCUUGGUGCCAUCGCAAUCCGGCUCCAAGUCCAAUAGGAGAGCUGUCUUGCCAUGGUCGCGCGGCAUCCUUUCCUUGCCACCGAAGCAGACAGGAGGUAGCCGGCCAUGAGAGCGACCAUGCCGUGCUUGCAUGGGCAUGGCCAUGGCGGCAAGGCCGUCUGUGCUGUGGCCGGUUGCCUUGCGUUCGUGACCUUCCUGGUGGUCGCCUUGGAUCCCAGGACUCGGGCUUCGUCCUGGUUCCUCUCUUCCUCUUCCUCUUCUUCUCCCGGCGUUUUCUCCCCGUUGCUGCCAACUGCGAGGGGCAGCAAUGGAGGCAGCGGCGCCAGCGGUGGCCCUCUGUUGGCCACCUCUAGUGACGGCGCUGGCGGCGAUUCGGGUGGCAAGAACAGCACCGGCAAGGAGGUGCUGUUCACCGGUGGCGGUGGCCGUGACCCGCUGGUGGCGUCCUUCGCCAACGCUGACUCUGGUUACGUCGACGACCAGCCGCCUCACGUCUCCGUCGCGCCGGCUCCUUCUCCGGCUCCGGAAAGUGGAUUUGACGAUGCUGCAACGUUGGGCGGCGUGAUUGAAGUAGUGCCAGUAAUACAACAGAGGAGGAGGAAUGUGAAAUUAGAGAGGUUAGAACUCGGUCUCGCAAAAGCUCGUUCAGUGAUAAGGGAAGCCAUUCGAAACAAGGACAACAGGCCUCCGUUAACAGACAAAGACUAUGUGCCGGUUGGACCGGUGUAUAGGAAUGCCUAUGCGUUUCACAGGAGCUACUUGGAGAUGGAAAAGCUGUUCAAGAUCUAUGUCUACGAAGAAGGCGAGCCACCUGUGUUCCACGACGGGCCGUGCCGCAGCAUAUACUCGACAGAGGGCAGGUUCAUAUACGCGAUGGAGAUGGAAAACCGAAUGCGCACGACGGAUCCUGAGCUUGCCCAUGUUUUCUUCCUUCCGUUCAGCAUUGUCAAGAUGGUGAAGAUGAUCUAUGAGCCCAACUCGCACGACAUGAGCCCUCUGCGACGGACUGUGUUUGACUACAUCGAUGUGUUGUCGACCAAGUACCCGUACUGGAACCGGAGCCUCGGAGCGGAUCACUUCAUGCUCUCCUGCCACGACUGGGGGCCGUAUGUGUCGUCGGCGGACGGCCACCUCUUCUCCAACUCCAUCCGGGUGUUGUGCAACGCCAACACGUCGGAAGGCUUCAAUCCUUCCAAGGACGUCUCUUUGCCGGAGAUCAACCUCCGGAGCGACGUCAUCGACAAGCAUGUCGUUGGCGGCCCGUCGGCGUCGCAGCGCCCCAUCCUGGCAUUCUUCGCGGGCGGCGACCACGGCCCCGUCAGGCCGGUGCUCCUGGAGCACUGGAAGGGCAAGGACGACGACGUGCGGGUGAGCGAGUACCUUCCUCAGGGCGUGUCGUACAUCGACGUGAUGCGGCAGAGCAAGUUCUGCCUCUGCCCCAGCGGGUACGAGGUGGCCAGCCCCAGGGUGGUGGAGGCCAUCUACCUGGAGUGCGUGCCGGUGGUCAUCGGCGACGACUACGUGCUGCCUUUCAGCGACGUGCUCAACUGGUCGGCGUUCUCCGUGCGGGUGUCCGUGCCGGACAUACCGAACCUUAAGAGGAUCCUCGCCGGCGUGUCGCCCCGGCAGUACAUCCGGAUGAAGCGGCGGGUGAGGAUCGUGCGCCGCCACUUCAUGGUGAAUGGCCCGCCGCAGCGCUUCGACGUGUUCCACAUGAUCCUGCACUCCAUCUGGCUCAGGAGGCUCAACAUCAGGCUCCACGGAGAGGACUGAAAUUAAAUCUGAAAUAGGAGUAUUCUUUUUUUUUUUGGAAGCUUGAUGAAAAGUUCAGUUCAUAGAUUCUGACAGGCGGUUGGCAUUGGGAAAUUGGUGUGGGCCGUAGAGUUUGUUUCAGUCUUCAGUGCCAUGUGUAUACAGCGCAUGUUGGAGAGUUUUUGGGCGUGUGGGAAGAUAUAUGUGCAAAGUAACAUCGAUUUUCGUAAGGUCUCGAAUCAUUCUGUU